AAUUUUGAAUGCUAAAAACCGGCAGCCGGGCCGAUUUCACGCGACGAGUGUGGGCCGGGGACGCGUGGGAUGUCACUUUUGACCCUCGAUUCGAACUCUGGGGGUCCCAUUUACCCUGAAAACGACCUUUUUGGCCCUCCGAAUUUUAUUUGGAAGACUGUAUACAAAGAGAGAGCUACAGGACAGGUACAGACACAGACCGUGCAUGAUUCUGCAGUGUUUUUACGUGAUUAUUGAGCGAACGUCAUUGUACCAACAACUGCAAACGUAAAUACCGACGACUUGAGCGUGUUUUUAGUGACGCAAAUUUGUAUUUGCGACCUUACGCUCGCCUCCUUGCCCGCCGAGACAACGAGAAAAAAAAGUGAAUUCAUCCGCCCAUUUUCGAUUUACCUCUAUUGAUUGGGCUCAUUUUGCUCUUGAGUAGACUAGAGUGGGAUUAUUAUUAUUACAAGUUGAGAAGGGAGAACCUCCAACAACAAUGUCAAGCGGAAGCGCUGAUGUAGAUUUGGAACUGGACAAGCAACUUCUGCUGGAGAUUGCCCGGGCAAAGAGAUCUAAAGUGAAAAACUUGAGACCUUUGAAGGAACUGGCUUUAGAAAAAUUAGUAAGCAGUAAUGAAUGUGAUCAAAGAUCUAUUGCACCAUUUCGAUACCUCCAAGUCUCUCCUCUGUUGCAAAGAGAAAUCUUGAGUCACAUGGUGACCCACGCUUCAGACUGCAGGCGCCGCAUGCGGAACUGUGGGCGGAACCGUGCCCCAGUCGUCAAGUUCAACUGGUUGUUUGAAUUGGCGAGCCAUCUCUUGAGUGUGCAUACAAAGGAGUUUGACUUCAGCAUCUUUGACUAUCCAUUCCUUGUGACAACCAGUGACGAUAAACAAAGAGUGUGGAUGAUGCUGGUUGACAAGUGUCCAAACUUGGAGAGCAUCUUGGACCAGAGUCGUGGUUUAGCACCAGCCCCCAACCCAAAAUUGUGCAGUGUGAUGUCGUAUCUGCAGAAUUUUCCAAAACUCAAACACAUUCUCCUGGCACAUUAUUUUUGUACUUCUGAAGAUUUGGCGCAGCUUGCUCAACACUUGCCACAACUGCAAACUUUGUCUGUUGCUUUCAAGUAUUUCUUCUCUGAUACUCUGCAGAAUUUGCUCCUUCUUCAAAACUUGGAACGAGUGGACAUCACUUUGCGCCAUCGUUAUUCCCACGAGUUUGAAAAUGAGUUGCUGAAAAAUGAGCAUGAGCAAAACAUAAAUAGCUUCAAAGCAGAUUGCAUGGAGCACCUGCCACGCUUGCAGUACUGCUCAGGAGGCGAAGAGCACCACAACUAUCGUCCUUACGAAGGCAACAGAAAACUAUCCAUGAAAGAAAUUGAUGUUCUUGGUGGAUUUGAUUUUGAACUUGUCCCAUUUUUGGAGAAACUGAAAUUAACAGGACCUGAUCUCAACAUUCCAUGCCAUAGCUUCCGACUUCUUUCCAAUCUGACAGUUUUGGAUUUGCUUGGAUUUGAAACUUCUAAUACUUCUGAUGUACUGACCCACUGUGGUGACAAACUCCAUGAACUAUUUGUUAGAAACUGGAGUGAAAAUGGUAUGGACCCUUACGAGGUGUUCUUCAAGUGCCCACAACUGCGCACACUUAAAAUAUCUGAAUGCUCAGUAUUUAGGGGGGAGAGCACUUUUCAAUCUCAAAUGGUGGCGAAGCAUGUGAAGCACUUGAAACAUUUUGAAUACAUGACCCCAUUUUUCCCACCUGAUUUCUUGGCCUUUGUCCUGGCGGCACCAGAUUUGGAGAUAUUUUCUAGUUAUAAGGACUGGAAUUUGUCUAGCAUGGUCCUGGCCCGUUUAAGUGUUGAGCUAGUUGAAGGAUGCAUUUUACAGAAUCUGAAGUUAAUUAAUUUUGAAAAUUACAAUGGCAGGCCCAAUGCUUGCGUUGAGUUUGUAAAGUUUCUUAAGCUCCUUCCUUUCUAUGCCCCUGCACUUCAGUGGGCGCCCAAAUGGCUUAUUCGGCGAAAAGGCCAGAGCCCGAAGGGCCCUCCGGAGGUCCCUGACCCUUUUUAACAUAGGGCUGUAUGGGCGAGGGGCAAGGGCCCCUGAAAUCCACGCCCCACAGAUAAGGGGGCCCAUAAUGGGCUCAUUAGAGCCACAUUGGAAUCUUCUCUUGAGCAAUGAAAUUGAGUUGGGUCUGCAGUAGUGUUAAGAUCUUUUGCAUAAUAUUAUAGUCAUGACUGAAAAAUGAUAAUUCUGAUGAAUAGAACAAAAAAUUUGAAUUUAUUCUAGGUAACACUGCCAGUUCUAAAUUCUGAAUGAAAGAUUUAAAAAAAAAUUUAAAUCUUGGUUAAUUGUUUAGUAGGAUUUGGGCAUCUGCGUGGGGUGUGUGGAAUUUAUUUAAUGGCUGAUCAAAAAUCUAGUGAAUCGGCUAUUUUAAAAUAAUAUGUUGUGUUGAUUGGAGAGUUGCACAAUUGCACAUGUAGUAAUUGAAAAUAUAAUGCUCUGGAAUCUCUGUCAAAUUGCUGAAUUUCAUCUAUAACAAAUGGAUAACUUUGAAUAAUAAGCCUGGAUUAUUUUACUUAUUAAGAAUAAUUAAUGCACAAUACCAUUUCAAAAUAAUGAAACUGUUGUAUUGAUGUAUUAUAAUUAAUCAAUAAAACUUAAUUGUA